AUGCAUCACCGAGCAGCCGCACAUUUUCUGCAUGUCCCUGAAAGGCCGAAGAGGCAACGCCAGGAAUUCUCUGCCUUUGUCUUCGGAUCCGAGGUGAGCUCUCGGAGGAACCACGAAGCUUUGACCACUCUGCUGGCCACCGGGGCCGGGUCUGCGAGGGCGUCCACGAAUCCGCGUGGGAGUCUUCUUCGGUUGUCAGCCAUCGGUUUCCAGAGUCAGGAGCUGGGGCAGCUGGACCCAUUGGAGGAGUUGCAGGGCUCGUCCGGGCCGUGGGUGGCGGGCCCAUGGCGUGUACUCCCCAGCCAGGCCCUGCAGAUGGAGGGACCUGAUCCGGACGUGGAUCCGCUGGAGGACGAUCUCUGGGAUCGUGGCUCUGGCGGUUCCGAGCACGUCGACCACCAUCACCAACAUGCCGUUGAGCACUUGGAGCAUCAUCCCCACGAGCCCCACGAUGAUACAAUGACGGACUUUGGAGUUGCCUUGAUCUCAUCGGGGACCACCAUAUUCCUUGCCUUUAUGAGUGCUAUCUUUGCCAUGAGGCUGUUUCGGGAAAUGAUGCGACCACCCGCCCAACAGAUGCAAGGCAUGAAUGCUGGUGCGGACGGCGAUGCUCCUGGAGUCCUGCAGCUGGACAUCCCUGGCGUUCAGCCUUUCCGGCCAUUCUCGGGCCAGGGCUACCGUCUCGUUAUGGAGCCAGAUAGCAAGGCUUCCGGGGUUCCUAGCUCGGAGGUCACUCAAAGGACCAGGGCUGAUGCCGACAAAGAGAAAGACACUCCUCGCAGCUUGUCACCUGCUUCUGUGGUUUCCGUUGGGGCGCAGCCCAGCACUGUCUUGUCACCAGGGCCGAGGCAACAGCUGCCGCAGUUUGGAGCAGACGAGGCACCCGAGGUGACGGCACCGCCCUAG